UACUUAAACAUAAUACACUAAUCGUUGGAAUCAGUUAUAACGAAUGGAGUAACUACUAAAUCUACUAAAUCAUUGGGAUGCAGGGACCACAAGCUACGACGGAUAUCUGGACCACUUAACGCUGACAGAAUGUUUUGACUACGUGAAAUUCGAGACGUGGAAUAUUUCAAUGAUUUAGCAAAGACUCUAUCGUGAAUCAUAUUUGUCUACCAUUGUUUUAAAUUUGAUAGGCCAGGACGGAUCAGAAAAUAGCAUUAAAAUAUCAAUACAUUAAUGAAUAGUAUUUGUUCACGGGACAUCAUUUGUUACAAAAUUUGGGAUUAUGGACAAUGGAAUGGGCGCGCAUGAAUUUGACACAGUAUUAAGAUUUUGAACGGAAACCCGUGGGAUUAUUGUUACUGAUAAUUAGAUAUCUGAGACAUGUGCCCUAUAACUAUUCAAUUAAAUAACAGCAUUUGGCAGUUAUUGAUAAAAUGUCAAUAGAAGAGCAAUGAUUUUGAAUUGUAGAUUUUCAAAAUUAAAUUCCGAAAACAGAGGACUAAUACGUUGACAAUUGUGGGAGUUCAUAACAGGCAUUGAAUAAGCCCUCACAAUGCACCCACCUAGAAUUAAGAGUGCUCCAACUAGAAGAUCGAAGUCAAAGAAAACAACGGUUGUAAAAGAAAUCGAAGAAUGGGUUUUAAGCGGGAAAGAGCACGAGCCUGAAACUUCUCGCAUCCACUCGGGGCAACUCGCGGAAAAUAUUACAGAAGAGAGACUGCUUCGAGCACGAAUGAUGGAAUUAGGAAAAGAACGUUUUAAGAUAUUAUCAAAGUAUGAACAUGAAAUACAAACUUUUAAAGAUAAGCAAAAACGUAAAGGUUUUCGAAUCAAAUUCAACAGACCACAAAGUGCAUUUACCCCUUCAGCAGAGAGAAGUAUCAUGUCUGAACGACCUAGAAGUGAAAGUCAUUCAGCUCCAUCUCUCAUGUUUAUCACACCCUUAAUUCGACCAAAGACUGUACAAUUUGAGGCUGACCUCUCGCGUAGGGAAUAUCUAACGACUGGCAAUGGGGACACCCGACCAAGAACAGUACCAGCAAAAACCAAGUUUCUUAACUCUACAGCAGAAGUUGAGGAGUGGACUCCUCUGGCUAUGUCUGACUGGUCAAGACCCUCAACCGCAGGUCAUGACAGUAUAAAUAGGUCGCUUUCUUCUCACAGUUUUCCGUCUUUUGUGAGAAAUAAAAAGACAAGUGAAGCUAGUAUUUCAAAGGAGCCAAGAUUUUCUGCAUUAGAAAGUGCUUUGUCUACAAACUAUAUAUCUGACUGCAAAACUGAAGUAUCAACAAUAAUCAGGAACAUUGAAGCUUUAAGAAAACCUAUAAAGGUCGGCGGGAAAGAGGCACGAAGAGAAUUAGAACUGAAAAUUAAAAUCUUCAUGGAAGAAAACAAUAUAAUGUUUUAAAUGAGAAUUUCCAACAUUAGAUAUGUAAAAGUGCUUUAAUAAAAUAAUUGGAAAAUAAAAUUAAUCUUAUA